UAUGAAAUAUAGUAUAUACUAUAUACAAUAUAAAGUAUCUAGCCAUAUACUAUACACACAGUAGACCGUGCCUUAAUGUAACGGACAGGAGGUCUGAAGAGUCUGCAUUGGUGUAGCUUCUACGUCUGAAAGGGGGGAGGGAGAGAGGCAGUGUCAAAUGUCACGGGGGUCUCUGAGCCUUGUUGAUAAGGCUGGUAGCAGAUGGGAAGAAACAGAUCUUGUGGCGUGAGGUUUUGGUCCUGAUGGACCGCAUCCUCCUGCCAGAGGGAAGUAUCUGAAAUAAUUAGUGGCUGGGGAUCCUUUGCUGCAGCAAGACCUGACCAGUCUUUAAUUUAAUAAAAUGCAAUACUCCCCUGUAUCAGGUCGUUCUUAGGAAACAACGUCUGCAAAAAGCAAAAGCUGAGGCACUAUCUGGACUGUGUGAAAUGGCAAUGAGCCAAAACAAUAAAAGCUAUCAAAAUAUACAUCAAAAGUGGUUAAAACGUCUUUGGUUGAGUAAGAGCUCAGAGCUUUAUCUUUUUGAGUUUCUCUGAGAGGAUAUGGCAUGAAAAAAAAAACGGUUAAAAAACUGGAACUUAGCUUUGAUUUUUGUGUCAAAUUGUUUAGAACAGCAGGUGAAUCGUUUUGGCGGCAGACAGCGCCCUCUGCUGGUUGAAACUAGAAACAACACCAACGCGCUGCAUUUUCAUUGAAGUUCGCUUUCAUUGAAACUUUGCCGCCACAGCAACCGCUUCACCCGCUGCUAAACUGGUAAAUAUAACGAGCUGUUUGUCUUAUUUAGAUAUAAAAUGAUAAUAUAUCAAUAAAAAUGUGCUACUCUGAGUAGAUAAUGUUUGUCUGUGAGAGCUAGAAAGCAGUUAGCAAAACGUUUUAGCCAACUGUCAUUCAUUUAACUAUAUUGUAUAAAUUACAAAUGACCUUAAAAACACCCUACGAGUUUUAUGUCUGGCCGAAAAUGGAUGCAACCGCUUCUGUUCUUUAGACCUUUGUGUUUCUUUUGUUUCUCAUAGUUGUCUUUGUUUAUAGGAGGAGAUGGAGUCUUGCCAAAGAACCACUGCUUACAGGGUCAGAGGUGGAAGAAGAGAAGAGGACAGGCUGGAAAGGCAGUAAGUUGUUCACUUUCUCAGGGAAGCUGAGAAGAUAAGGAGGGAGAUUGACAAACUGAGAGAAAAAGAGAGAACCCUGAGCACUGUGUGGAGAAAGAACGCUUGGACAGAUGUGACUGAAGAACUGGAGGAAUAUGAAAAAGUACUUACAGAAGAAAGAACUGCUCAAGAGGUGAGCCUUCAGAAGCAACUGGUGAAGAUCAGUGAUGGUGUAAAGAAAUUUCAAAGACAUCUAACCGGCAUUAAGCCGACUCCUGAAUUGAUUGAAAAACUUCAAGAAAUCAAGUCAGAGGUGGAAGCGUCAAUAAACACUUUAAAGGAAGAGCAGCGUUUACGCUUUGAGGAAUAUUUAAAGGAGGAGCAGACUCAGCAGGAGGUUACUGCUUAUAAGAAGAAGAUUGAAAACAGGAGCCUUAAUGUUAAAACAAACCCCAAACUGCCUGCAGCAACCACUCUCAAGAUCAAACCCUCCAACAGAAACCUUCCUGAGGUCAAAGCUUUGGAGGAUUAUCCGCGAAAGACAGGAGGUCCUCAUGGAGGCCGGGAUCAAUACGAUCACCAAACUUUCCAAAGAGUGUGGAUGAAGCUCAGUUGGCGGCUGUCGUACAGGAAAGAGGCCAUGUUUUACCUGCCGCAUAAAACUCAGGAGGAGAUCCAGCAACAUGAAGACUGGCAUCAGGAGCUGCUUCACCUGCAGGACAAAAGGAGAGAGAAAACGGUCUCUGUUGAUGAGGAGCAGCGCUGUCUGCAGCUUGAAGCUAAGAUGGCAUGUGAGGAGUAUCUGCGAUUAAAGCGGGAGAAAGAGGAGGAACAAGAAAAGAGAAGAAGAGAGAAAGAACAGAGAGAAAUGAAACACACUGGGCCUUCAGGACAGGGACCCAUGUUACAGAUGUUUCGCAGGUCUGAAGUUAUAGACUUGAUUUUAAAGUCUGGUAAAGAAUAUAUUGGUAAAUCUAUAUGUUCUUGUUUUGUCAUAGAGCCAUUCGUACUUGGAGACAAGGACUGUGAUAGGGAUCUGCCAAAAUCCAGAAGCUGCGUCCAGAGAAGAAAAAACUGUGGACCCACCCAGCUGGGCUAUCAUCUCUUCCGCUUCUUUAACCCGCGCGCCGCCAUGUUUCUGCGCCACUUCUUGGACAGCACAGACUCGCUCUCCCUGCUUGUUAACCUGUGUCUUCACCUCCUCGGACUGCCGCACUUCCUGUACCGUCACAUCCAGAGUAAGUUUCAGGAUGAGCUCCAGCUUCUGUGA